GGCAACGGAGUCGGCGGCCGCAGGGACAACCGUCGGAGGAGCCGCGGCGGAGAAGCCCGGAGCGCGGCGGGGCUGAGCAAACAGAAUUUGAGAAAGUUGGUCCACCCAUUCCAAGUGAAAAGAUGGCUGUGUUACGGCAGUUUGGGCUUCUUCUCUGGAAGAAUUACAUCUUGCAGAAACGGAAGGUUUUGGUGACGUUGAUCGAGACUUGCCUCCCCUUGUUGUUUGCUGCCAUCCUUAUUGGCCUGCGCCAUCGGGUCCAUUCGGUCAAUCACCCCAAUGCCACUUUAUACCACAGCAAGGAGGUGAAUGAGCUGCCCAGUAUCUUCCAUCGACGGCAUUUGGGCGUCCCCUGGGAACUGGCGUACGUCCCUUCCAACAACACGGCCGUGCAAAACAUCGCCAAGAGGGUGGAGAAGGACUUGAAAAUCGAAGCUCGAUGGUUUCCAUCCGAAAAAGAGUUUGAACGCUACAUCCGUUUUGAUAACCAUUCGGGCAACAUACUGGCAGGAGUGGUUUUUGAGAACUGUGUGGCUAACAGCCAGGAUCCCUUGCCACUCCAGGUUAGUUACCGGCUACGUUUCAAAUACAGUCCUAGAAAUGCUCCUCCGAGUGAGAGGACAGGAUUGAACCCCAACCUGGAUCGAGACUGGAACACCCAUUACCUCUUCCCAUUGUUCCAGCUGCCAGGACCCAGAGAGGCAAAAAGUGACGAUGGAGGCACACCAGGGUACUUCCGUGAAGGUUUCCUUGCAGUGCAACAUGCGGUGGAUAUGGCCAUCCUUCAGUACCAUGCCAACACAUCUACUUCUGAUCUUCCGGAUCGGGUGACUUCUUCGAGAUUCCACUUCUGGAUUCAGCGCUUUCCUUAUCCCCCUUAUGACAAUGACCUCUUCCUCAUAGCCAUUCAGAACCAGCUUCCCUUAGUACUCAUGCUGAGCUUCACCUACACCUCCCUCAACAUUGUCCGCGCUGUGGUGCAUGAGAAGGAGAAGAAGCUGAAGGAGUACAUGCGCAUGAUGGGACUCAGUAACUGGCUACACUGGAGUGCAUGGUUCCUCCUCUUCUUCCUCUUCCUCAUAGUGUCCAUCUUCUUUGUGACCAUCCUCUUCUGCGUCAAGGUGAGCGAACAGGGGGCUGUGCUGGCCAACAGCGACCCGACUCUGGUCUUCACUUUCCUGGUGGUGUUUUGCAUCUCAACCAUCUCCUUCAGCUUCAUGGUCAGCACGUUCUUCUCAAAAGCAAAUGUAGCCGCAGCUGCGGGAGGUUUCCUCUAUUUUUUCUCCUACAUUCCGUACUUUUUUAUCUCCCCCCGCUACGACCACAUGACUCACAGCCAGAAACUGUCGUCCUGUCUUAUCUCCAACGUCGCCAUGGCUAUGGGGGCACAGCUGAUCGGCAUGUUUGAAGGGAAAGGCACAGGGAUACAGUGGGGAAACCUGAUGAGAGCUGUCAGUGUUGAUGAUAACUUCACAAUGGCUCAUGUGCUGGGUAUGCUUCUCCUGGAUUCUACAAUCUAUGGCUUUGUUGCUUGGUACAUGGAGAACGUGUUUCCGGGAGAAUAUGGCAUUCCACAACCCUGGUAUUUCUUUGUCAUGCCUUCUUACUGGUGUGGGAGCCCCCAGACUGUUCUGGGAAAAGAGAAGGAAGAGGAGGAAGACCCAGAAAAAGCCUUGAAGAGUCAAUUCAUAGAGGAGGAGCCUUCGGACUUGGUGUCAGGCAUCAAAAUCAAACACCUUUUCAAGGUGUUCAAAGUGGGAAACAAAACCAGAGAAGCUGUGAAGGACCUGACUCUUAAUAUGUACGAAGGACAAAUCACUGUCCUUCUUGGACACAACGGGGCUGGAAAAACCACCACUUUGUCCAUGCUGACAGGACUGUAUCCCCCUACAAGUGGACAGGCGUACAUCAAUGGCUACGAAAUCUCCCAAGACAUGGUUCUCAUCCGGAAGAGCCUGGGUCUUUGUCCUCAGCACGAUGUCCUCUUUGACCACAUGACGGUGGAAGAGCAUCUGUACUUCUACUCUGGGCUGAAAGGAUUUCCUGCUGAAAAAUGCCCGGGGGAGAUCACCCAUAUCCUGCACAUCCUCAACUUACAAGAGAAACGGGGCACUUUGUCCAAGGCCCUUUCCGGAGGCAUGAAACGCAAGCUCUCCAUUGCCAUCGCUCUCAUCGGGGACUCCAAGGUGGUGAUGCUGGAUGAACCUACCUCAGGCAUGGACCCCGUUUCACGACGGGCCACGUGGGAGCUCCUGCAGCAGCAGCGGAGAACUCGCACCAUCUUGCUCACCACCCAUUUCAUGGACGAGGCAGACCUGUUGGGCGACCGCAUCGCCAUUAUGGCCAAGGGGGAGCUCCAGUGUUGUGGAUCUUCCCUCUUUCUCAAGCAUAAAUAUGGUGCUGGGUACCACAUGGUGAUGGUGAAAGAGCCCUAUUGCAACCUCGGAGAGAUCUCCCACCUCAUCUAUCAUUAUGUCCCCAAUGCUUCUCUGGAGAGCAACGUGGGGGCAGAAUUGUCCUUCAUUCUACCCAAGGAGAGCACGCACAAAUUUGAGGCUUUGUUCACAGAGCUGGAGUUACGCCGGGAAGAACUGGGCAUUGCCAGUUAUGGAGCUUCCGUUACUACAAUGGAAGAGGUCUUCCUUAGAGUUGGCAAGCUUGUGGAUUCCAGCAUGGACAUCCAAGCCACCCAGCUGCCAGCUUUGCAGUACCAGCACGAACGGCGAUCCAACGACUGGGCCACGGAUGACUCCAGCAGCAUGAGUGGCAUGACAAACAUGACCGAUGACAGCGGGGCACUCAUCACCGAAGAUUGCUCUAACAUUAAGCUGAACACAGGGUUCUACCUCUGCUGCCAGCAGUUCUACGCCAUGUUCAUGAAGAGAGCUGUGUACAGCUGGCGCAACUGGAAGAUGGUAGCAGCCCAGUUUUUGGUGCCUCUUAUUUUCACUGCUUUUGCCUUGAUCUCCGCCAAGACCUUCCCGGGACCGCAAGACUCUCCGUUGUUGAAGCUGACGUUAAAUCCGUACGGACAAACCACGGUGCCUUUCUCCGUCUCCCAAGGCUCCAGUCUGGGCGAGAGGCUGGCAGCGCAGUACAGGGAUGUGGUUGGUGCUCAGUGCCAGGAGCCGUUGGAGGUGGUAGGAGACUUGGAGGAAUACCUCAUCUCUCGAGCAUCCGAAGAAGCCGGAGCCUUUAACGAGUACCACAUAGCGGCAGCUUCUUUCCAAGAGACCUCGGACCAGAUAGACGUCACCGCUCUUUUCAACAACCAAGCGUUUCAUUCUCCUGCCACUGCGUUGCUGCUGGUGGACAAUGCCUUGUUGAGGCUAAUAGUGGGACCCAAUGCCUCCAUCACAGUGGCGAACUAUCCGCAGCCUCGCAACAUGACCGAGACAGCGAAGGACCAGCUCAUGGAAAGCCAGACAGGUUUUGCGAUCGCCAUUAACUUGCUUUACGGAAUGGCCUCCUUAUCCAGCACCUUUGCGCUCCUCCUGGUCAACGAGAGGGCCAUCAAAGCCAAACACGUACAGUUUGUCAGCGGUGUUUACAUGGUGAACUUCUGGCUCUCGGCGCUUCUAUGGGACCUCAUCAACUUCCUUACGCCUUGCACCCUCAUUCUGGUGAUCUUCCAAGCCUUCGACAUCAAAGCGUUCACUCAGGACAACCAUCUCGUGGAUAUAAUGCAGAUAUUUCUUCUGUAUGGCUGGGCCAUUAUCCCUCUCAUGUACCUCCUCAGCUUCCUCUUUUCUGUAGCAGCCACAGCCUACACCCGCCUCACCAUCUUCAACAUCUUCUCUGGCACAGCCACGUUCUUGGCGGUCGUCAUCAUGAGCAUUCCCGAACUUGGAAUGGUGGAUCUUUCCAAUAUGUUGGAUAAAAUCUUUCUAAUCCUACCCAACUACUGCUUGGGACAAAGUAUCAGCAAGUUCUACCAGAAUUACGAGUUCAUUCAGUUCUGCACUUCUUCGUUCGAGUCGGUGCUCAUCUGUAAAGUAUUUAAUAUCACCUACCAGACAAACUACUUUGCUUGGGAAAGCCCAGGCGUUGGAAAAUACUUGACAGCUAUGGCAGCUCAAGGGCUUUCCUUCCUUCUCCUGCUCUUUCUCAUCGAGACUAACCUUCUCUGGAGAAUGAGGACCAUUGUUUGCGACAUACGGCGGAGGCGGAAAUGGGUCAUGCUGCUAAACCAGGUUCCGGUGCUUCCAGAAGACCGGGAUGUUGCUGAUGAAAGAAAGAAGGUUCUGGAAUCUCCAGUAGCAUCAAUUUCUUCUCUGAAUAGUCCUCUGGUGAUUAAGGAGCUUACCAAGGUGUAUAGUAGCAGGGAUUCUUGUCUGGCUGUGGACAGAAUCUCUCUUGCGGUCAGCAAGGGAGAAUGCUUUGGCCUUCUGGGUUUCAACGGGGCGGGCAAAACCACAACCUUCAAGAUGCUAACAGGGGACGAGAGCAUCACAUCGGGAGACGCUUAUGUGGAUGGACACAGCAUCCUGGGCAAUAUCAAAAAGAUCCAGCAGCGGAUUGGCUACUGUCCUCAAUUUGAUGCACUUUUGGAUCACAUGACUGGAAGGGAGACCUUGAGCAUGUACGCCCGACUGCGGGGCAUCCCUGAACGCUACAUCGGCAGCUGUGUGGAGAACAUGCUUCGUGGGUUGCUCUUAGAACCUCAUGCCAACAAACUCAUCCGCACAUACAGUGGUGGGAACAAGCGGAAACUGAGUGCAGGAAUUUCUCUCAUUGGUGGACCUCCUGUGGUGUUCCUGGAUGAACCCUCCACGGGCAUGGACCCUGUGGCCAGGCGCCUAUUAUGGGAUGCAGUCGCUCGGACACGAGAGUGUGGGAAGUCCAUCAUUAUCACUUCUCACAGCAUGGAAGAAUGUGAAGCUCUGUGUACCAGGUUGGCCAUCAUGGUCAACGGGCAAUUCAAGUGCCUGGGCAGCCCUCAGCACCUGAAGAGCAAGUUUGGCAGUGGAUAUACCCUGCUGGCCAAAACCCACUGUGAUGAAGAAGGCCACGUAGAAGACUUCAAGGCCUUCGUGGAGAAGACAUUUCCUGAGAGUGUCCUGAAGCAUGAACACCAGGGGAUGGUCCAUUACCACCUCACCAAUAAGAACCUCAGUUGGGCACAGGUGUUUGGGACACUCGAAAAAGCCAAAGAGAAGUAUUGCAUAGAAGAUUACUCCGUAAGCCAAAUCUCCUUGGAGCAAGUCUUUAUGAGUUUCACCCGUUUCCAGCACUACACAGAAGAUUGCGAGAAAUGAGUCUUAAGUCUUCUCCAGCCUCUUUUGGCGGACUGACCUGUUGCCUAUAAGAUAGUCUAUAAAGAGAAGGUAAUUUAUAGUAUCAGCCAUGUCUCCAACAACAAGAAGAAUGGACAUAGUCUCAUUGGACAAUUGGUACACCACUGUACUGACUUUAUGAAGUUGAAUGCGUGGGUUGUGUGGAUGUGUUGUAUGUCCAUUUGUCUGUGUGAGGCAUGAGAAGGAGGAGGAAUGCUUAACCAACUUUCAAGGCAGCUGGGAUGUCCUACCAACUCUCACUCCAUUUUGAUGACAAUGGGAGGGCAUAGCCUACUAACAGUCGUGGAAGCAGCUAACCCUGAAUCCUGGGACAGUUCAGUAUCUUGGAUGCUAGGAUGCUAGUUUCUUCUUCCUUUUCCAGCCUCCCAAUCUCAUCUUCUUGAGAAGUUUCCACUGGACCAGUGUUGGUGUCAUUGGCCCGCCUGCAUGUCCCCAGUUUUGGAGCAUUGACAGCACAUAUUCACCCAUGUGGUUGUGAUCCAUAUCUAUAUGUUCAGGCAAAAAACUCUUUGGAAUGAACCCACUUGUGGUCUUUUGGAUGGUUUGCAUCUUUUAGAUGAUGAAAAAGCAAAUAAGUGAAAGAAGCAAGCCAUUUUGAGCCCUACCUUAGAUGGUAUCCGGGAAAUUGACUCUGCUCUUCAAGAACUAGUGAAGCAAGAUUUAAUAUCUCCACUUUCUUGGUGAGAAUUAGACAAGUUUGUUUUGACAGUCUUCAGCAUCCAUACUGCAUAUACCAGUAUCCAAAUCUCUUUUCUUCUGCUCUCUGAAGAUCUCAUGAACAUCAGAUCACAAGCAGCAACCAUGAGCUUUCUCAUUGCAAAGCUGCUUUUGAUGCCAUUUUCCCGGUCUGGGUGCCCUCAGGAUGGAUGUGGACUUCCAACUUCCAGGAGUCCCCAGCCAGCAUGCCACUCCUGAGAACUCUGGACCUUGGUAUUUGUACCUCUAGAACUCAUUCAGGCCAAGGAAGUUGAUUCAGAGAGAUCGUCUUGAAAAACCCAAGAGUUUGACGUUCACAUCAGCUCCAAAUUGUUGUUAGCUGCCACAAGGUAGAACAGGAGUCUUCCAACUUGACAGCCUUAAGACUUGUGGGCUUCAAUUCCCAGAAUUCCUCCUCCAGUCAUGUUAGCUCAGGAAUUCUGUGAACUGAAGUCCACAAGUCUUAAAGCUGUCAAGUUUGAAGACCCUUGAGGUAGACGAUCCAUUUUGUGGCUAUCUUAUUGCCAGCUAACUCUUGUAGACUUUCUGGAUUUGGCAAUAAAGCCAUAGCUCUGUUUCUGGAAAUAUAGAAAGUCAAUGAAUUCACCUUCAGUGAACCUUCCUUCCAUCCAUCUGUCCUUUCCAUAUCUGUAUUCCUUCCUUCCUUUCUUCUAUAUCUGUAUUACUUCCUCCCUUCCUCCCUCCCUCUACUUCUAAAUGCUUCUGGAAGAUGCUUCUAGACCAUAAUAAGUAAGCUUGGAAAUGACAGUGGUUGGGUUUUUAAGGCAGGCCAGCUUCUCGGGCAUCAGAGAAUUACUCUCUGCACAAUCCUUCCCUUCUGAGUAGUUCAGUCAAAUGAUGGUUGCAUCUCAGUUUUCAGUUGUGGUUUCCCUUGCUGCACCGAAAGUGUGAGGCCAGAGUCCACAAUCCAUCUGCCAGUUGUGUCUUGCAAAAGAGAGCAUUCUCGGGA